UAAUUAUAAUUACUCACUAUGUUCGAAAAUAGUAUCCUAUAUACGACAUCCGCUGAGAAAAGAAUUACUGGCGAAAAUUAAUAUCCCUGAUCCACCGAAGAAUUUUCGAGGGUUAACACUAAAGGUUCUUUAUGAAACAAGAGAAGAAUUUAUGGAUGAUUACCAAGGAUGGAUUAAUUUAAGGUGGCCACUAGCUGAAACUAUGGACAGAAUAACGAGUGGCAAAUCACUGGUCUAUAUCGUUCACUUUCCUAUGCUUCAAACAAUUCCUCAUAUAGUCUUUAUAUCACUUGAUGAUACACCAUUAUGCGUUUUAGAAAAAGAUCCACUUGCAAGAGUAGUAGAAUUGAAGCAUAAUCUGUUACCUCCGCAAUUCAACCCAGCUUCACUACCUAUUUCAACUACAGCAGCGAUAUCAACUACUUCAACUACUGAAGCACCAUCUAUCGAUGAGAUACUGAAAUUAUCCGAGCCAGAAGGCCCGGAGACUUUUUUUAGGAAAGAGUUGGAUGAAUUGUCAAAAGGAUGCGGUCACAUAAAUUCAGAUGACAAUUUUGAAUUUGAGGAUAAUGUUAGAUUGAGACCAGGACAAUGGCCGUGGUUAGCAGCCAUUUAUAUCACCAACACUACUUCCAAGUUUCACUGCUCGGGGACUCUUAUUAGUAACAGGCAUAUCUUGACAGCUGCUCACUGCACCUAUUAUAAAGACCGCAAACUAACCCUGAACUUCUUGCUCGUAUUCUUGGGCCGCUACCGAUUGGACGAAUGGGAGGAACCAUUUUCCGACAACUACGAGGUGUCUUUAAUCGAUGUCCACCCCGACUACAAGCUUGGCUUAACUUCCGAAGCCGAUCUCGCCAUUUUAAAACUCUCCAGAAGUGUUCGCUUCAGGCCGACUGUCCGUCAUCUGUGCAUCCACACAGACUUUGAACAAAGAUUUGGUCCAGUUGAAGAACGUGGGUACGUCGCCGGGUGGGGGGACAAGACUCCAGCUUCAAAGGAAGAUCGAGAAAUCGUCGAGGAAUCUUCAGUUGCAAAGUUGCACGUAGCUCCGAUAAUUUCUCCAAAAAAAUGCGCGAAAAAGACCCGAAAACUCCAGGAAUUCAUUACUGGCAACACUUUCUGCUCCAAGUCACAAAAUGGCGUCAGCGGCCCGUGUAAUAGCGACCGUGGCACUGGCCUCGCUGUUGAGGUUUUCCAGAAGUUUCACCUACGGGGUAUCGUUUCUAUGUCGGCUGUCGGUAAAACAGCUCUCGUUUGUGAUCACAAAGAUUUUGUGGUCUGUGUUGAUGUGUAUCCGUAUACAUAUUGGAUUUUACUGAAAAUCUUUGAAGAAUAA